GCCCUGGGCCGCCUCUGGUGAGUUGCAGCCCAGAACUGCGGGCUCUGCGGGGAGGAGGAAGGCAAGCUGACGAGGUCUCUGGGCCCGGUGGCGUGGCUUUCAUCCCCAUGGCUGCGCACAGGGACCCCAGCAGCGACUGCUCCUAUGUCAUCGAUCAUACCCAUGUGUCCGAGUUCGAGGUGGCCACCUGGAUCAAAAUCACCCUCAUCCUGGUGUACCUGGCCAUCUUCGUGGUGGGCAUCCUGGGGAACAGUGUCACCAUUCGGGUCACCCAGGUGUUGCAGAAGAAAGGUUACUUGCAGAAGGAGGUGACGGAUCACAUGGUGAGCCUAGCUUGCUCGGACAUCUUGGUCUUCCUCAUCGGCAUGCCCAUGGAGUUCUACAGCAUCAUCUGGAACCCCCUGACCACGCCCAGCUAUGCACUGUCCUGUAAGAUUCACACUUUCCUCUUCGAGGCCUGCAGCUAUGCCACGCUGCUGCACGUGCUGACGCUCAGCUUUGAGCGCUACGUGGCCAUCUGCCACCCCUUCAGGUAUAAGGCCGUGUCGGGGCCCUGCCAGGUGAAGCUGCUGAUUGGCUUCGUCUGGGUCACCUCCGCCCUGGUGGCGUUGCCUCUGCUUUUUGCCAUGGGGGUCGAGUACCCCCUGGUGAGCGUGCCCAAUCACCGGGGGCUCCGGUGCAACCACUCCCGCACGCGGCACCACGAGCGGCCGGAGACGUCCAACAUGUCCAUCUGCACCAACCUUUCCAGCCGCUGGACUGUUUUCCAGUCCAGCAUCUUCAGCGCCUUCAGCAUCUACCUCGUGGUCCUGGUGUCCGUGGCCUUCAUGUGCUGGAACAUGAUGCAGGUGCUCAGGAGGAGCAGCCAGGGCGCGCUGGCCGGGAAGGGCCUGCGGCCGCAGCUGAACAAAGCGGAGAGCGAGGAGAGCAAGACAGCCAGGAGGCAGACCAUUAUCUUCUUGAGUGAGUCCUUCGGGGGAGGGAGUCCUUGGGGGGGGGCGCUGGCCUCCCCCAACUCUCCGUGGUCCUUUUAG